UCCAGUUCCACUAUCUAAUCGACAGCUUCCAGAAGGACCAUGGGAAAUCCUGCAAGUGGAUUUUCUCUCAAUCAAAGGGUGUGGAUAUGAGGAAUUCAUGGUUUUAGUCGAUACUUAUUCCCGUUUUAUCUCGGUGGUGGAAAUGCGGUCGAUCGAUGCCAAAACCACGAACGAUGCUUUACUAAAGAUAUUUUUUAUUUGGGGACUCCCACUCGUCAUCCAAAGUGACAACGGUCCACCCUUUCAAAGCGUCGAGUUUAUUAAUUGCUGGGAAAUGCGUGGUGUGAAAAUCAGGAAGUCUAUACCACUUUGCCCCCAGACAAAUGGAGCAGUUGAGCGCCAAAACCAGGGCAUUAUAAAAGCGAUCUCGGCUGCCAAGGUCGAUGGGAUAAACUGGAGAAAGGCGUUGGAUGAGUACGUGCAUGUACAUAACAAGAUUAAACCCCAUGCAAGGCUUGGCGUGACUCCCUUUGAGUUGCUUGUGGGGUGGAAAUAUAGAGGAAGCUUCCCCGCCUUGUGGGAUUCUAAACUGGAAAAGAUUGAUCGAGAAACCAUUCGAGAAAAGGAUGCCGAAACUAAAUUUCAUAGCAAAAUAUAUGCCGACUCUCGUCGAGGAGCAAAACCAUCUAAUAUCGUUGUUGGAGAUGUUGUAUUGAUGGCUGUUCCCCAAAACAGUAAAACAGAUCCAGUUUUUUCAACGGAACACUAUACCGUUUUGUUCAGAGAUGGACCUAAAGCAGUUGUUCUAAGCAGUCGAGGUGUCAAAUACAGCCGCAACGUCAAUGAUCUAAAAAAGGUUCCGAUAACUGAUAGUGAUCCAGAUCUGGAGGAUGUACUAGUUGCAUCUGGUACUGAGGAACUGGCAGAUAUGGAGGAAAUAACUGUGCCUCCACUUUCUAGUCAUUUACAUCCCGGAUCCGAAAUAGCGAAGAAAGAUGAAACAUCUGAACCGCUAACUUCAAGACCUCAGCGAUCGAUCCGUAAGCCAGAAAAGUUUAAGGACAUGUUUAUGUACCACAUUUUUAGCGACAGUUUUAUCGGGUAGUUCUACCGUUUCAUUUAGACGUCAGCAAAGAACAUCCGGAAGAGAGUAUUCCACACAUUAGUUUCAACAUUGCCAUCAGAAAACCAAGUGCGAGAGUAAUUUUACUCUAUUUAUAGUCUAUAAGCCCAAUACGUAUGCUAAUUU